AUGAACUACACUCCGGUCAUUCACUUCGUCCUAGGCGCGUACAUCGAUAUUGGACCUUUAAAAUACUUGAGCUUCGUGGUUUUACUGCUCAUGUACUGCGCUAUUAUCUUGUUCAACAUCGUCCUCAUCGUCGUCAUAUGUCUGAACCGAAACCUUCACGAACCGAUGUUUAUUUUCCUCUGCAGUUUGCUUUUUAACGAACUGUACGGCAGCGCUGCCAUUUUCCCCUUGCUCCUCGUCCAGAUCUUUCAAGACGUCCACGUAGUUUCGUACACGCUGUGCUUGCUGCAGAUAUUCAUCCUGUAUUCGUACGGCGGGAUCGAGUUCGCGACGCUCGCUGUCAUGUCGUACGACCGUUACCUGGCUAUCUGUCACCCGCUUCAGUACGCUUCCAGGAUGACGCCCAAUAAAAUAGCGGGUCUCACGGCUCUGACUUGGUGCUACCCGAUUAUGAUGAAUUUGUUUAUUACUUACGCUCUCACGGCUCCGCUCACCCUCUGCGGGAACGUCAUCCACAAAGUUUACUGUGAUAACUACUGGGUGGUCAGACUGAGCUGCUUCGAUACACGACUCAAUAACGUCUUCGGGCUCACGCACAUGUUUUCCGUCAUCUUGAGUCUCAUUUUACUCAUCAUCUACACGUACAUCCGGAUCUUGCGCGUGUGUUUCAACGGGUCCAGGCAGACUCGACAGAAAGCGCUGAGCACGUGCACGCCUCACCUCCUCUCCAUCAUCAACUUCUCCUUCGGGGCCUUCUUCGAGAUAGUGCAGAGCCGCUUCAACAUGCAAGCCGUGCCCAACCCCGUGCGAGUGUUCCUGUCGCUGUACUGGCUCACCGUGCAGCCCCUCGCCAACCCCCUCGUCUACGGACUCAAGAUGACCAAGAUCCGACUGGUCCUCAGAGCGCUGCUUUUUGGAAAGUGA